UACCGACGAAGACGGGACGGCGCUCGUGGGGCUGGCAAGGAGGGCGGUGUCCGACCAUCUCCUGGGAAGGCAGACGGUUCCAGACGAUGCCCUGAAGUCAAGGUUCUCCUUUCGGGCAGGCGUGUUUGUUACCCUCAACAGCGGGGGCAGCCUGCGGGGCUGCAUCGGUUUUGUCGCACCCCGCAAGAGGCUGUACGGCGCCCUGGUCGAGGCGGCCGUUGCUGCUGCCACCCGGGAUCCGCGGUUUCUGCCUGUUCAGAGCGGCCAGCUGGGCCGCAUCAAAUUCGAGGUUACCGUCCUCUCCGAGCCCCAGAAGAUGGCCGUCUCCAACCCGAACCAGUACCUGUCGGGGAUCCGCAUAGGGAUGGACGGACUGCUCAUAAGGCGCGACUCAAGUUCGGGCCUGCUCUUGCCACAGGUGCCGGCGGAGUACGGGUGGUCCCCGCAGGAGUUCCUGGAGCAUGCCUGCGAGAAGGCCGGGCUUCCCAGGUACUCGUGGAGGGACGAAUCCACCGAGGUCCUGAGGUUUGGGGGGACGGUCUUCAGGGAGGGCUGAUCCCGCCGGGAGGCGCCGGCGCCUAG